ACAUUCCCUCAAGCAUAUCCCCAAAUCCUUCACGAAAUGAUUCACAAAAAAUCCGGCCUCGAAAUCCCUUUUCAAAAUCCUACUCCCAUACAAAUCCAACGACUUGGAUCCAGCCGCGCCUGUAGAUAUCGCACUCAAGUACAACUCUAGGUCCAAACCUGCCUUGUGGGCAUAUACUAAACCUUCACAAAGCCCCACCAUUGUUGAAGCUAUGGUUAUCUGGUUUGCUAGUUUCGUGAAUUGCCCCUUUCCUGGAGCACCCAUGUAAUAAACUCUUCCGAGGAGGGCGAAAAUGGGUUUUAGUUUUUCGAUGAUAGGUCCGUCCCCGCCUGCGAAGAUAGAGAGAGUGGCGUUGCGGGCGCCACGAUCGCCGCCGGAUACUGGGGCGUCAACGGCGGAACAGCCGGCAGAGGUGGCUGCCGAGUGUAUUUCAACGGCGAGUGAGGGAUCCGAGGUGGUCAUGUCAACGAUGAUGCCUCCGGGGCGUAAACCGGAGAGAGGGCCAGUGGAUGGGUGGAGGAUAACGUGGCCAAUGUCGGAUGGGUAACCGACGAUGGAGAAGACGACGUCGGAUUGGGAGGCGACAGUUUUGGGGGAGUCGGCCCAGUGGGCACCCAGAGAGAGGAGAGGUUGGGCCUAGGAGGGGGUUCGGGUGAAGAUGGUGAGAUUGUAGCCGGCGUUGAUUAGGUGGGAGCACAUGGAGAGGCCCAUGACGCCAGUUCCAAUCCAACCUAGACGGGUGUUGGAUGGGCUUGUCGGCUCGGAGGCUGUUGUGGCCAUGUUGCGGUGGAAAUGGGUGGUGAUAGUGGUGGUCCGAGUGGAGAUGGCGGCAAAUACGUAGGAGGAGCUGCGACGGCAGUGACUGUAGAGUGGGGUGACUGCUUAAUUUUGAAGGUCAAAUCUCUUUUAGCAUGCAGAUUUCUCAUAUUGCUUGGCUACUGUAGGUCAACGAUGCAGUUGGAACCUUAGCUGGAGGUCGAUACAACCACCCAGAUGUUAUGGCUGCUGUUAUCCUGGGUACAGGGACUAAUGCAGCAUAUGUCGAGAGGGCGCAUGCAAUUCCGAAGUGGCAUGGUCUGCUGCCUAAAUCAGGAGAGAUGGUUAUCAACAUGGAAUGGGGUAACUUUCGGUCAUCACAUCUUCCACUAACUGAGUAUGAUCAAGGGCUUGAUGCUGAGAGUUUAAACCCUGGGGAACAGAUUUUUGAGAAGAUUAUAUCUGGGAUGUAUCUAGGGGAAAUUGUGCAUAGAGUACUAUGCAGGAUGGCUGAAGAAGCUGCCUUGUUUGGUGAUGCUGUUCCUCCAAAGCUAAAUAUUCCUUUCAUAUUGAGGACCCCUGAGAUGUCUGCAAUACAUCACGACACAUCUAGUGAUCUCAAAGUGGUUGGUGCAAAGCUAAAAGAUAUUUUAGAGAUUCCUAAUUCUUCGCUUAAAGUACGGAAAGUAAUAGUGGAGAUAUGCGAUAUUGUUGUCUCCCGUGGAGCACGCCUCUCUGCUGCUGCGAUCCUGGGAAUUCUCAAAAAAUUGGGUAGAGAUACUAUGACGGAUGGAGAGAAGCAGAAGUCAGUUGUAGCUUUGGAUGGCGGACUUUUCGAGCACUACACAAAGUUCAGAAAUUGUAUGGACAGCACUCUCCAGGAAUUGCUUGGAGAUGCUUACGAAAAUGUUUCAAUUAUCCAUUCAAAUGAUGGUUCUGGCAUUGGUGCUGCGCUCCUGGCUGCCUCUCAUUCGCAAUAUCUCGAAGUAGAGGAAUCCUGAUCCUGGUAUGAGCUGUAGUGCUGCCAAAAAUUGAUCUACUGCGUUGGAGCUCUAUAUUUCUGUCAUCCUUUCCCUGGGGGCAAUUGCAGCAGCCGAAUCAAGGAGAUGUCGCGAGGACCGGUUUAAUAUAUGGUCUAGCAGAGCUCCAAACUGAGCCAUGGACCCGUGUGCCUCUAGAUUUCUGGCCCGUAACUGAGACAAUGUCUUCGUAUUUUUGUUAGUAAUUCCCCCCCUCCCUCUUUGGCUUAAGAGUAGUGUCUUAAAGUUAAGGCUUUGUUGUAAGAUCAUUUGGGCAUUCAAGAUUAGGUAUAGUGCACAUGUAGAUGAUACUCUUUGGAUCAAAUAAAGUCCUGCGCAACAUAUUAAACGGACUUGAUGGAGAUCCACAUGAAGUGAGUAGCAGUUUUAGUACUAGGCUUCAUCAA